AUGGGAGCGCUUCAACUCGAACAGCACGUGACAGCAUCUUCAACUGCUCUCUUGAUGUCCCCAUGGAGCGACCUACGAGACAAUAAACACUACCAGCAUAAUGGAUACAACUAUGCUGAAGGCCAAUUAACGUGCUCGCCCGCAUCGGCCGACCCCGCCAGCGACAGCGUGCACCAAACCGGUACCAACUACAGCUCUAACAACGCCGGCGACGGGCCUGAAAAGACCCGCGACCGCAAGAGCUGGUUUCCACGCUUCAAGUCCAAUUGGCUGGGCACCUUUCGCUCCAAGCAAAUGUUUCACUGCUGCGAGUGCGCAGUAGUGCCGCCGGCCAGUGGCAGCUCCCUCUCGAGCCAGGCGGGCCGCUACAAGGGUGCUGAGGGCAAGCACUGCCGUUGCGGCAAGGACCAGUGGCACCUGGCCAAGUCCGUGGAGGAGACUGAGUACAACCGUCGGAUGGAGAUCAGCAAAGCCCUCGGGGGCAUGCGUUACGAUGAGGCUGUGCUGCGUCUGAGAAGCAUGGGCCAGUCCGAGCUUGACUUCAAGCCGUCCGAGCACGUGAUCAAUGCUGGUUCGCCCACUCAGCUCCGCAGCACUCGAGGAUUCGCUCCAGCGUCAUCGUCCUCGCUGUCUUCGGCGUCCUCGAACCCGCCCAAACGUGUUCGCAGUGUGUCAAGUGGUCCACUCCCCACGCCCGUCACGAGGACGUACGCGACAUCUCAACUCAUGAAGUCCGAGUUAUCAACACUGCCUACGAUAUCUCCUCAAAUGUAUAGUUACGAGAACCCGGCCAAGCAGUACGGAGCGUACACCCCAAUGUAUAGCAACAACGGCAUCGAGUACACGCAGGCUGCUCAGUCGCACCACCCAUCGGAGUAUGAGCACCUUGCGCCAGCACCUUUCGGCGAUGAAGAGGGAUUUGGAGAGCUUCUCCAGGGAAUUCUGGAGGACGACUCGCGAGUAGCUGCAGGCGUGAGCCUGGGUCUUAGUCCAAAUCAGGCGAACGUGUACGCUGGGACCCGGUACGGCUAUUAUGCCGGCGUCCCCGCGACUAACGGUAGUGUAGCACCGCUGAAGCGUACGAUGAGUAUGCCGUCGUAUGCUAUGACGCCUUCCAUGACGACCUCACCACCUCGUGGGGGCCCGGUACAGGAGUACUAUGAUUCGACACGCCGGGCCAGCUUGAACCAGGCACCAACUUACGUCAACUUCCAGCAGCAUGUGCCGCAACAGCAGCCAAUGUUACAGCAGCAAUUUCCUUACCAACAACAGCAACACCCACCGCAACAGCAGCAGGUGUACAGUAGAUCGCUGUCCAUGACGCCGAGUAACAUGGCCACCGCCACUUCAACUUCAUUUUCUGCAUGA